GGUGACGUCAGUUCGCCUGUUGGCAGAGAGUGAAACAAACAUGGCGAUGGAUUCAAGUGGCUGGGGGUUUACGUUAACUUUAUUCGUGUUUUCAUGCGUUUUUGCGACGAGGCCGGUUGAAGCUUCGGUUUCAGACUCGAGGGAAACCACGCGGAUACUCGGCAUGAGGCUAGAGAAGAGCGACAAGCCAGCCGAGACCACGGAAGGGGGAGAUAUUCAGGUGACCGAGGGGAGCGACAUCUCCUUAAGGGUCUACGGGCUCCACUUGUUCCCCAACAGCUCGGGUAUCAUCAGGUUCGGUAAACUGUUCGUCAGUGAUAAAGAAGAUGCUGAUUUCCCAGAUAAAUGGUUAAACAGGACUUGCCCCAAAGAUCAGAAUGAUAUUGAUGUUAGGGGACCCAUGAAGGUAAACGACGAAAACACCUCAGGGACAGUCUCCCUCAGCAUCAAGCAGCUCCGUAAGACUGAGGUGGUGAAAGUGUUCGGCUUGUGCGUCCUGGACGCCCGGGAUCAGAAGUGGUACCUGAUGGACGAAGAAGACGGCAGGCUGCGCGUGGUGGAGGCGAAGAAGUCCCUGCUGCCCAUCUGGCUGCAGAUUAUCCUCAUCUGCUUCCUGCUGGUGCUGUCCGGCAUGUUCAGCGGGCUCAACCUGGGACUGAUGGCGCUGGAUCCGAUGGAACUGCGCAUCGUGCAGAACUGCGGCACAGAGAAGGAGAAGAAGUACGCGCGGAAGAUCGAGCCCAUUCGUAGGAAGGGCAACUACCUGUUGUGCUCACUGCUGCUCGGUAAUGUCCUGGUCAACACUACGCUCACCAUCCUCCUGGACGACCUCACCAAGUCCGGGGUCGGAGCAGUCGUCGCCUCCACUGUCGGCAUCGUAAUAUUUGGCGAGAUUGUCCCCCAGGCUCUGUGCUCCCGACACGGAUUAGCAGUCGGGGCGAACACCAUCGUUCUCACCAAGCUGUUCAUGCUGUUGACUUUCCCUCUGUCCUGGCCCAUUAGCAAACUCCUCGACUGCGUGUUGGGCCAGGAGAUCGGCACAGUGUACAACAGAGAGAAGCUAGUGGAGAUGUUGAAAGUCACCGAGCCCUACAAUGACCUGGUGAAAGAGGAGCUCAACAUGAUCCAAGGAGCGCUGGAGCUCCGGACUAAAACAGUGGAGGAUGUCAUGACGCCAAUCAACAAUUGCUUCAUGAUCCACAGCGACGCCGUGUUGGACUUCAACACCAUGUCCGAGAUCAUGGAGAGCGGCUACACCAGGAUACCCGUGUACGAAGACGAGCGCUCCAACAUCGUGGACAUCCUCUUCGUCAAGGAUCUGGCCUUCGUGGACCCAGACGACUGCACCACCUUGAAGACCAUCACCAAAUUCUACAACCAUCCGGUCCAUUUCGUCUUCCACGACACCAAGCUGGACGCCAUGCUGGAGGAGUUCAAAAAAGGAAAAUCCCACCUGGCCAUUGUCCAGAAGGUGAACAACGAAGGGGAAGGAGAUCCUUUCUACGAAGUGUUGGGGUUGGUCACCCUGGAGGACGUCAUAGAGGAGAUUAUCAAAUCAGAAAUUCUGGAUGAAUCCGACCUUUACACUGAUAAUCGCACGAGGAAAAAGGUGGCACCCAACAAAAACAAGAGAGACUUCUCUGCCUUUAAACAUGAGAGUGAAUCUAAGGUGAAGAUCUCUCCUCAGCUGCUGCUGGCUGCCCAUCGUUUCCUGGCUACAGAGGUGAGCUUGUUCAGCCCGUCUCAGAUUUCAGACAAGGUGCUGCUGCGAAUCCUGCGUCACCCCGAUGUGAUCCAGGAGAUCAAGUUCAAUGAGAACGAUAAACGGUCAACCCAUCACUACAUCUACCAAAGGGGCAAGCCGGCCGACUACUUCAUUCUCAUCCUGCAGGGUCGAGUGGAGGUGGAGGCUGGAAAUGAGAACAUGAAGUUUGAGACCGGACCUUUCUCAUACUAUGGUAUCAUGGCGCUCAGUGCUCCCACACUGGAGUUUCGUUCACCAUCCCAUAUCAGCGGCUUGAACCGAACAGCCUCAAUGAGCGGAGCCGACCGGAUGGAGUCUCUCUCGGUCAGCGGCAGCAACAGUCAGCUCAACAACAGCAUCCCCAUGCAGCAGUACAUACCAGACUUCUACGUCCGAGCCCUCACUGACCUGCAGUUUGCCAAGAUCACACGAGCUCAGUACCAGAACGGCCUGAUGGCAUCUCGCCUGGAUAGCACGCCGCAGUCCCCCGAGAGCAGCCACAACACUAUUCAUAUGGAUCAGACGCCUCCCGCCACCAUCGGUAACACCACCAUUACGGACCUGGGAGCAGACUCCACCCCUACGGAGAACGGCCCAGACGAGACGACGCUUCUCCUCCUCAAUGAGCAGAACUCGCCCCACACAGGCAACCACCACAGCCAGGUGGAGAACAGAAUCUGACAGCCUCCACUGGUACCAGCCCUCCAUACUCCUGCAUUGGCCCACGUGCACUACUAUGCCCGGUUGUAUGCCGAG